CUUCUCACUGAGCUUCGGUUCAAUGUCGUUGUAAAGUUACCACCUUUAUUUUGGAUUUACCGCGAGUAGUUUAUAAUGUUUAACAAGCACCGCGUGAUGCUUUAGGUAGUUGUAUGGUAGGUAUUGGCGAUUAAUAAGGAUGUCAACAGCAGUUACUAACAGGCGGACGCAGGAACUCCUUGAAAAAGAGUUGUAUUUCAUAAUUUCAAAGUUCCUGAGCAAUGGACCUUGCAAGGAAGCUGCCGAGGUUCUUCGGAGGGAGAUUGAGAAGCAUCAUCUUUUACCCAAAAGACUCGAUUGGCUCGGGAAUGAGCAUGACAGGAGUUUUGCUGAAUUGGCAAGUUCCAAUGUGCACAUUCCUAAUGACUACCUGCUGCAAAUAUGCUCUCGGGUUGGUCCUCUUCUGGACCAGGUCAUCCCAUCUGGAGUGGCCGGCUCCCGGUCGCUUCUUGGCUCUGGGAGCUAUUCGCUGCUCAGGCAACACUCAAAGGUGCGGCGGCCUCGUGCUACAGCAGACAUGGCAGUCCGGCUUCAUGGUUCUCCCCCGUGCCUCACCCCAGGUACAACAGCCUGCAAUGUUGCGAUGGUGUUGCAGGGGCGACGGCUCAGUGCCCUGGAGGGUGGCCGCUGCAGACAGCAGCUCUCUACUCAGUUCUACGUGAAGGCGCAGCUGUUCAGGCGCCUCCUAGGGCACCUGUCAUCCGUCUACUGUGUACUCUUUGACCGCAGCGGCAACUACAUUUUCACGGGUGCAGAUGACCUGUUGGUAAAGAUGUGGAGCGCCCAGGACGGGAGGCUUCUAGCCACACUGCGAGGCCACUCAGCCGAGAUCACAGACCUGGCAGUGAGUCCCGACAAUCAGCUGCUGGCAGCUGGCAGCUGUGACAAAGUCAUCCGUGUCUGGUGCCUACUCACCCUGGCACCUGUUGCUGUGCUGCUGGGACACACCGCCAUGGUCACCUCACUUCGGUUUUGUCCAUACCCAAAGGGCGACAGGCAGUUUUUGGUAUCGACGGGCAACGAUGGCUGUGCAUGUUUUUGGGACUACUCGAGCAGCACAAAGAGCUUCAACCCUAAGCCGCUCAAGUUUACUGAAAGGAAUCGUGCAGGCUCACAGAUGAUCUGCUCCUCAUUCAGUCCAGGUGGAGCCUUCUUGGCUACAGGCAGCACGGACCAUUUUGUUCGGGUGUACCACAUCCUGGCCCCAGCAGGUCCGGAGCGGAUCUCUGAACUUGAGGCACAUGCGGACCAAGUGGACAGCUUGCAGUUCGCCAAUCAUAGCUGCCGGUUUGUGAGUGGUUCCAAGGACGGCACGGCCAACGUUUGGACCUACGAGCGACAGCAAUGGAGAUCAACUAGACUUCGUAUGGCCACCAAAUUGGUGGGAUCUGAAGAACAAGUGGAGGAGGACCCCAAACAAAGGUUAAAAGUGACCAUGGUUGGAUGGAGCCAGGACGACCAUCUAGUGGUGACUGCUGUUAACGACCAUUCCAUCAAAGUUUGGGACUCUCACACAGGCAAACUGAAGCAUAUUCUCUUGGGGCAUGAGGAUGAGGCGUUUGUUCUUGAGUGUCAUCCAGAAGACAGCAGAAUCCUCCUCAGUGGCGGACAUGACGGUCGCAUCAUCAUCUGGGAUCUAGUUGCAGGAUGCUCAGUGCGGAGCUUCUUCAACAUGAUUGAAGGGCAAGGACACGGAGCAGUGUUUGACUGCAAGUUUUCUCCAGAUGGCCUUUUAUUUGCCUCAACUGACUCUCAUGGUCAUAUCAGCAUCUUUGGCUAUGGCUCAGGAGACCCAUACAAAAAGGUUCCGGAUGAGCAAUUCUUCCACACGGACUACCGGCCCCUGAUCCGCGACGCUCAGCAGCAUGUGCUGGACGAACAGACCCAGUGCGCUCCCCACCUGAUGCCACCACCCUUCUUAGUGGACAUUGAUGGCAACCCAUACCCACCAGCGCUGCAGCGACUCGUGCCUGGUCGGGAGCACUGCCUCGACUCGCAGCUCGUCCCUUACGUGGCUGUGCUUGCUAAUGGUGAAGCCGAGAUCUUGGAACCUGUGCGUCCUGUGGAGGAUGAGGAAGCUGAGGAACGGCCUGCCAUUGAUGAAAUGAUUGAGCAGCUGCAGCACGAGCAGGAUCACAUGCUAGCAGCUGAAGGGCAGUCCCCACCACGAUCAGCACAGUCCCGCCUGAAUUUGGGCCAUGCAGGCCAUUCUCCAGGAGGCCACCAUAGCAGAGUCGGAAUGCGACGCACCGGCGAUGUUGAAGGUGUACGGCAAUCCUCUGGCCACUGGCAGUCGCGGGAUGCAGAGCAGCCUGGUCCGUCUUCCGAAUCUGGGUCUGGUAGCACUAGCAGCAGCAGUGCCAGCAGUGCAGCUGUGCCCUCUCGGCUCGCUCGCUGCUUCCUUGGGACUGCCGCAAAGUCAGCGCUGGUAGCCAACUCGUUGCACCGUGCAGCCACGAUGGCCGAUGCUGAGUUAGCCUUGUACCAUGCAGAGAGUCAACGGCGCCGGCAGAGUCUGGAGGUCAAAGUGGUUUGUGAAAACCUGCUGGUAAACAAACGCCGUGUCAAUAACAGUCGUGCCAGAGCCACUGCCAAGAAGAAGCCCUCUGGUGUCCAAACGCGCUCCUCGCGAACAGUUCCCGGUUCAAGGUUAGCCAGAGAUGACUUCGAGGAUCCCGAUGACAUCAGCUUGAGUUCCACUACGGACACCGGUGCCGUCUUUUCUGAAAGCUCUGAAGGCAGUGCAAGUUGCAGUGACUCUGACUACUCAGACUGGGUUGAAGAACCCAAGUCUCGCAAGGCUGCCCCUAAGAGUAGUCCUAAGAAACAGCGGCGGAUUGUCCAGCGACCUGAGGAAGACGACGAUGAUGAAGAGCACGAAGGGAGGCUUAAAGAAGAAGCAGAGUCCAUGGUUGAGGAUGACUCUGAUGAAGAGGAUGUCAUGGUGGACGACGAGAUUUCAGAUGAUUACGAUGACAGUGCUGAAACUAUCCGCCCGGCCAAAAGUAAAGCAGCAGCAGUAGACAGUGACGAAGACUACGUUGAAGUGACAGCUCGUGCACGGAAAAAAAAGCACCUUGUUCGCAAAAAGGAACGCAAGAAAAAGCCUCCCAUAAAAUCGUCCUCAACAACUCCGACGCCUUCAUCAUCCGGAGCUGGUGGCAGCAGGCAACCUCCAAAGCAGAACCAGAGGCAGGUGCCACAGGCUCAAGCGAAUGGGGAGGUCAGGACGCCACCGCAGAGCAGUCGCAGCAAGAAGUCAAAAAAGAGCUCCAAGCGUGCUUCUGGGAAAAUUCUGCGACACCCCGAGUGGCUGAUGGACAUGGUGCCACGCAAGACGCCUUACUUCCCACAGAUUGGCGACGAGGUGGUAUACUUCCACCAGGGACACCAGUCGUACGUGCAGGCUGUGAAACGCUGCCGAAUAUACCACAUCAGGGAUCAGUCCCAGCCCUGGGUGCGACACCGGCUCAGGGAGCAGGAACUCUUGCGUGUGCUGGAUGUGAAGUUUGAGCUGUGCCCACCUGUGCACCUGUGCUGCCUGCGUGUGGUGCCCAUUGAACCUCACCGGAGUCAGAUGGAUGGCGAGCCCUUCGACAUUCGUUACCAUGACAUGCCAGACGUCAUCGACUUCAUUGUUCUGCGUCAAACCUACGACACAGCUAUGCGGCGCAACUGGAAGCCUCACGACCGGUUUCGGAGCAUCAUCGAUGACGCUUGGUGGAUGGGGACCAUCGAGAGCCAGGCACCACUGCAGCGAGAGUUUCCAGACUCCAUGUUUCAGUGCUUCAUUGUCACUUGGGACAAUGGGGAGACGGAGCGCAUGAGCCCAUGGGACUUUGAGCCUAUCGACUGCAAUCGCAUGCCCGACCAGGUGGGCGGUGCAGUGCCAGUCACGUUUGACGAGCGCCGCAGCCUGGUUUAUCGACCCAAGGCCAAUGAGUGGCCCCGGUGUGGCCGAGAUACGUGCUGCAUCCGUCUAGUCACGGGUGUGAGCCGGAUUAUGGAGCUGUCUAUAGCAGAGCCAUUUGCUGCACCAGUCGACCUCAAUGCCUACCCGAUGUACGCACGCGUUGUGGCUUACCCCAUCGACCUAUCCACCAUCAGGGCAAGGCUAGAAAACCGGUUCUACAGGCGGAUGGAAUCAAUCCGUUUUGAUGUCAAGUUCCUGGAAAUCAAUGCAAAGAAGUUCAAUGAACCAAAUAGCAAAAUUGUGCAGAAGGCAACGCUACUGGUGAAUCUCUUGCUGCAGUUCAUCAAUAACCAGUCCUGCCAAGAUCCUAUCAAAUUGUACCAGCAGUUGGUGGAUGACGCCGCUGACAAGUACCACAGUUCAUCGGCUGAAGACGACGACUUGGGUUCCACAGACGCUGAGGUGAACGGGACGGAACCAUCUUCCUCCAGUGUGAAACGGAAAAAGACAACAACGUCCAACCGACCCAAGAAACGAAGGGCCCCUGAUGCUGCCCCUCUGACCUCGGUGACCUGGAAAGGCCAGUGCCAAGAGCUGUUGAGCUUCAUCUUCCAGUGCGAGGAUUCCACACCCUUCCGACUGCCAGUAGAUUUGGCCGCAUACCCUGAUUACGCCAACAUAAUUGACACGCCAAUGGACCUGGGUACAGUGAGGGAUCGGCUCGCGCGGGACCUCUAUCCAAGCCCCGUUGAGUUUUGCAAGGACAUGCGGCUCAUCUUUGCCAACUCUCGGAAUUACAACAUCAACAAGAAGUCCAGGAUUUACUCCAUGACGAUACGAAUGUCUGCCUUGUUUGAAGAACGCAUUCGUCAAAUUACCAGUGACUGGAGGUCGGCCGUGAAGUACGAGACCAAAGUGAAAAACAACCAAUAUGUCAGCAGCAGACGACAUCCAGCAGCAGUGCUUGAUUUUUCAAGUGACUCACAGCCAUCAUCUUCAAGAGCGAGUGGCCAAUCGUCUCAAGCAGGCACAUCCUCGUCCACCAUGAGAUCAGCCGUGCUCCAAGUGAAGUGUUAUGCAGAGUCAGAUUCCGACACAGAUGAUGAGGUUGACUCGAAGCAAAUUGUGCAAGCCAGCGGUUUGGCUCGGUCUACCAGGUCAGGUGGGCAAGGUGACCGAAUGGUGAAUGGGAAGAAGUCAUCGCCUGCACUCACAGGGAAACUGCACAGUAGCUCCUCAAGUGAAAACUUGUCCAAGGCCAGCCGUAAGCGAAAGGCCGCCCGCUACAUUUCUUCCUCGGAGGGGGAUGACAGUCGCGGAGAAGCUGAAGGGGAAGAAGCCAGCAUUGAAUGCAGCCAGGAAUCUACAGAAGAUGAGGAUGAGAACAGUGAAGGACAGCACAAAGAUGACGACGACGAUGACUACAACUAUGAGGACUCUCCCCCAGGAAGGCGUCGGUCAUCGCGGAGGGCUGCUCGCACCAACGUGAUUGGCAGUGACGACAGCAGCAACUCGCCUUGCUGCAGCAGAGGGAGUAGUUCCUCCAGAAAUAUGUCGGAGCGGAGGAAGAAACUGGAGAACAGCAGCGGCGAGUCUGAGAUGACAACGGGUAGCUCAGAGAAGUCGUCUUCCUUCAUGACAGACCAUGACUACGGACAGCCGCGACGGUCGUCACGAAAGCCGCGCAAGACAACUAGUUAUUCACCAGAGACAACCGUCAGGGCUUCUGCAACCACGAAUAGCAAAACUCGUGUGCAAACGAGAAACCGUGGUCAGCAGAAAGUUCGUUACCGAGAAGAGGAAGAUUCUGAUUGGACAGGUGACUCCGAUGAGGAGGACGGGCUCGACUCGAGGGCGCGUGAGGUGCUUUCCGUCAGCAGCCGGGGCCGGUUACGAAAACUUUCUAAGCAUGCGGCACGUGCCAUGGUGGCCCAGUGAAGCCCGGCUCCAUAUAUAGUCUGUCAGUGGAGUGUCGAUGUUUAUUGACUUUUCGAGAGCUCAGAAUACCACCAUCAUCUUAGCAUUGUUCUGCAGCCAAAUGAUGUUUGCAUGUGUAAAUUUUCGCAUUCUUCGCGCAUUGUUUUUUUUUUUUUUUUUCCGUUCUUAUUUAUUGAAGUCAUUCGUGAAGGCUGUUAAAGAUAUUUUUGCUCGUAGCAUGAUUGUGCCGAGACUGGGGGUCUUAUGAUAAACAUUCCAGUUUUUCAGCAGGCAUGCCAGUUUGAGAAUUCACCAGACAUCACAGUGGUUUUUGUUGAAAUGUUAUUUUUUGUGAGUGCUCUUUGCCCAUAGUAAGCAUUUAUCAUGUUGAUGUAGAUAUUUAGUAAUGCAAUUGACUGUACAUAUGAUUGUGUGUCUAAGGUGCAGUAGUGAAUGAUGUACUUAUGUUCGUCGGCAGCUUUUUGAGCUGUUUGAGACGAGCUUAAUUGAAUCAUGUAAGAUUGCGAUUUAAUUGCCAUUAGCCAGUGUUUGCUUAUCUGCUCACUGCCAGCACAUAAAGCAAUGUGAAAAAGUUUUGUGAUGAGAGAUUACAGGCAUCUUGAGGAUGCAAAAGUGA